AUGAAAAAAACGGAUAAAACAGAUUACAACACGAAAACUUUUGUGGAAAAACUUUUGGAUGUUAUAUUGUGCAGGGGUGAUCUCGCAGAUGAAUGUAUUAACAAAGAGCCAGUGUCUAUUACACAACUAUUCAGAUAUGCAUCAAAAAGGGAUCGUUAUUAUGUUGCAGCUGGAUUUAUACUAGCUGUUGUUGGUGGCAUCAUAAUGCCGCUGAAUUGUUUGGCUGGAGGGUUGUAUACCAACAUCUUUCUCAAAAACAGCAAUCACUAUCAAAAUAAUGAGCUCUGGGAGCAGGCUAUGUACUUAUGUCUCGCUUAUUUGAUACUUGGUUGUGUACUGUUUGUGAUAUGUUAUAUGCAGCAUUAUUUUCUCUUUUUGGCGAGCCGGAAUAUAGUUGAACGAAUACGAAAAGAAUUCAUAUCUGCAGUGCUUAGACAGAACGCUGUAUGGUUAGACGAAAACAAUUCCGGCACUAUUACGACGCAGCUAAAUGAGAACAUCACUCAGAUUGAGGAUGGAAUUGGUGACAAGAUUGGGAUGCUUGCUCGGGGGGUGUCCAUGUUCAUAGCAAGUGCGGCCUUAGCAUUCGCUUAUAGUUGGAGGAUUACUCUUAUUUGCAUAGCAGUCGGCCCAAUCAGUGCAAUCACUAUGGCAGUGAUGUCCAAGUUGUCUUCAUCUUCGAUGCAUGGUAUGAUGUCCGUUUCUGGCUCAGCUGGAGCUAUAGCGGAGGAGGCGGUAAUGAAUGUCAAAACCGUCGCUGCGUGCAAUGGACAAGAGCAUAUGGUUAAGAAGUACGCGGAACAGCUGAGGCGCGGCUUGCGCUAUGCUAUAAAGUAUAGCUUCAUUAAUGGGUUUUUUGAAGGAUUCAUGUUUUUUCAGCUAUAUAUAUUUUAUGCAGCUGCAUUCCUGUAUGGCAUUCCGAGCUAUUACUAUGGCAUAACACCCGAACCUGGAACUAUAUUUAUUACAUCAUCUGCUAUAUUAAUGGGGGCCUAUUUUUUCGGCUUGCUCGGUCCCCAUAUGAUGGCUAUUAUGAAGGCCAGAAUUGCAGCAGCAGUCAUUUACGAAACUAUUGACAUGACACAACACAUUGCUGCGGACAUUGGUGAAGAUAUAAAAUUAUGCGUUGGUAAAAUUGAAUUCAAUGACGUACAUUUCAAAUAUCCCACAAGGGAGACUCCUAUAUUGAAAGGUAUUAGCUGGUAUGCUGACCCUGGCGAAACCAUUGCCUUUGUUGGGAAAAGUGGUUGCGGAAAAAGCACUAGCAUAGGGCUGCUAACAAGACUGUAUGACUGCAACAGUGGAACUAUGACACUGGAUGGACAUGACAUCAAAUCACUCAAACUGACACAUUUGAGAAAGGUGAUUGGUAUUGUACAACAAGAACCAUGCCUUUUCAACGGUACGAUUCGCGAGAAUAUUGUGCUUGGUCGAGAUAUUAGCAAUGCAAAGAUGGAAGAGGCAGCGCGUAUAGCCAAUGCCCAUGACUUCAUAACAAAAUUGGAUAAGGGCUAUGAUACAAUCAUUGGAACAGGAGGUAUUGCUUUAUCAGGAGGACAAAAACAACGUUUGGCUAUUGCUAGAGCAAUAGCAGCCGAACCGAAGAUUCUACUUCUUGAUGAAGCAACUAGUGCUUUAGAUUCUGAGAGCGAAAAGAUAGUGCAGUUGGCUUUGAAUCGUGCAUCAAUAGGAAGAACAACUAUCGUCAUAGCACAUCGUUUGAGCACAUUGAAGGAUGUGCAAAGGAUAUAUGUAAUAGAAGACGGUCGUAUCGCAGAAGUAGGCACCCAUUUCGAGCUGCUUGACAAAAAUGGUCUCUACAGUAAUUUAGCAAAAGCUCAAGAAGUUGGUGUUGAGAUAGAUGGAAGAAAGAAGAAGAUCUCCGAGAGCUACGACUCUCAUGCACACGAAAUCAUGCCUAUGGUGCGUGAAGAUCUAAGAGGAAGUAUAAUGACACGUCGUUCUAUUUCCUCGAUCGCAUCACAGCCGGUCGAGUACAUGAAAAGGAAGCCAGAAGCUUUAAAACCCAAGAGAGGAGGUGGGAUUUUUCGAAUUUACCUCUCAAGCUUACGCUCACGUCCUGUUUUCUGGGUUUGUCUUAUUGGAAGCGUUUUGAGAGGUCUGGAAAUGCCAUUUUGUGCGUUUUUCAAUGGAUUCACUUAUCACGCUUUGGACCAGACAAUCGACACUUUUGCACCGUUUUUAUGGCUAGCCAUAGGCUUGUUUAUUUUUCUGGCAGUAUAUUCAUGGAUAUUUCUGAUGAUAUCCAUAGGAUUUGGUGGUUGGUCUAGUGCAAGCUUCAGCUCGGACAUGAGAAUUGCUGUGCUGAGAAGUCUUCUAAGUCAGAAAGCGGAAUUCUUUGACCAGCCUCAAUAUAGCAAUGCAGCAUGCGUUUCCGAACUUGCUUCAAAGCCACCUGAGGUUCAAGGGUGCCUCGAUUACCGUUUCAUGCUGAUGGUUAAUAAUCUGUGCGCUGUAUUUGUGUGCGUAGUACUUUCAAUUGUGACUUGCUGGCCUAGCGGGAUAGCCAUGAGCGUUCUAAUAACAUUGUUUACGAUAAGCAUGUGGAUUACCAGCAAUAGGAUAUCUGCAAAUAUGCUAAGGAAGUCAGAGCUUGAUAAAACACCAGAGCUUUCUAUAGAAGUCUUCGAGCAUACGCGAACAAUUCAGCUGCUUGCCGUUGAAUCAUAUUUCAUGGCAAAGUUUGCGAACUAUCAAGAAAAGGUCAAAGGAAAGGAGAAGAAAAUAGCAAUAUAUCAAGGCAUACAGUUUGCCUUGACACAGUGCUACAUCUAUUUUUCGGAUAUGGUCACUUAUGCAAUUGGUGCCACCAUGAUAUAUCACGGAUACACGGAUGCGAAACAAACUGUAGUAUCUGCCACUAGUGCAAACUUUGCUGGUUGGGCCGUAAUUUUUGCAUCGGCAACUUUUGGAGAUUUUGUACGAGCUCAUUUUGCUGCGCAGUCACUGUACAGCAUAAUGGACAACUGUGAUAAAGUCAAAGGAGGAGAAACACCGAAGCUUGAAGGAUUAGUAAAACUUGAAAAAGUCAAUUUCAGCUAUCCAUCUCGACCAGAUGUAAAGGUUGCGCGGAAUUUGAAUCUAAUUGCUCGAACUGGUCAAGCAAUAGCUCUAGUCGGAGCUUCAGGAUGUGGAAAAAGCACAGUGAUUCAACUGCUAGAACGAUUUUAUGAACCAGAUAGUGGUGACAUUAAACUCGAUGGAUAUCAACUGAAUCAAGUCUGUAGAGUUCAUCUCCGAAACAAUAUUGCUCUUGUUGGACAGGAGCCAAUUCUUUUUAGAGGCUCCAUAAUCGAGAAUGUUACUUUGGGAUUGGAGAACAUCAGCAUUACGGAAGUACAGGAAGCGUGCAGGCAAGCCAAUGCUGCAAAUUUCAUCGAGUGCUUCCCAGAGGGUUAUGAAACCGAUGUGGGAGAAAAAGGUGGAAAUUUGUCAGGCGGGCAAAAACAACGAAUAGCUAUUGCUAGAGCUUUAAUCCGUAAACCUAAGAUAAUUCUGUUGGACGAAGCCACUAGCGCUUUGGAUACAGAAAGCGAAAAAGUAGUCCAAGCAGCCCUAAAUGAAGCUAGCCAUGGCAGAACUUCUAUUACAAUUGCGCAUCGUUUGAGCACAGUCAAGGAUGCUGACAGAAUUUACUACAUUGAGAACGGCAGUGUCGUCGAAUAUGGAACUCACGAAGAACUUAUCGAAGCAGAUGGGAAAUAUGCACGCUUGGUGAAAGCACAACAACUAGCGAAAGCUGAUCAAUAACGGUGGAAGAUUCCAGUAAAUCUCUUUGAGUAGCAUUUGAGAUGGAGUUGUAUUUCAUGUAAAUGAAAGUGUUGAU